AUGGUACACCCAAUGGAGUUGCAAGGUAUUGAUUUGGGAUUUCCGGCGGUUCCGGCUUUUUUGACCAAGUUACGUCUACUUGUCGAUGACGAAGAUACCAAAGAUAUCAUCUAUUGGGAUCCGAGUGGAAAUAGCUUUCAUAUAAGUGAUGGAAAUCGACUGGCCAAGGAAGUGCUACCCUUAUUUUUCAAGCAUAACAAUCUUUCUAGUUUCAUCAGACAACUCAACAUGUAUGGCUUCCGCAAGGUGAACCGCAUUGAUCCUUGCCCGGCACUGAAAAUGGAUGUGGAGGAUAUGGAGUUUAGGCAUCCUUUUUUUGUUCGCCAGAAACCUCACCUUCUUUCCAAAAUACAACGCAAACCCACAUCGACUCUUUAUAACGGACGUUUUUUCAUUCAUCCUUCAAUGACGAAUGUCAACCAUAAUCAGACACAAUCAGCAUUCGCAAAUAGUGGUGAAUUUCCACAAAGCAUCCCUGUUGCUUCCGAGUUUAUGAGGCUGUCGGGUGUAGUUCGGACGUUGCGUAACAACCAGGAGAUGAUUGCACAGCAAGUGAAUUUUCUAAAGUCAGAGAAUCAGUUGCUCGCCAGUGAGCUCCACGAUCUUCGGGAGCGAUAUGUCCAUCAGUCCCAGCUGAUACAAACGCUCUUUAGUUUUUUGUCGGCCUUCGCCAAAGAUGGACGUUCUCAAAACUAUCGAUUCAGUCCUAAACGGAAGGCAUUACCAUUUUCGGUUUCCAGUGUCAUUCCCGCGAAUGCUCGUUCAGGAUUGAAGUUGAAUUUGCCGAAAGGGUUUCUAUUGGACGAUCCAUCCAGUUUCCAGUCCAUAAAGAUUGCCCCAUCAGAUGAGUUGCACGAGACUCCAUUCAAAUUGGCCAAAGUGGAUAACAGUGCAUUGGUAACACUGACGAACCCGUCGUUGGACUCGAGUUUUGCCCUCGAAGGUGCAGGCCCGAGCACCAGCAGAACACUACAGUACAUUCCAUCCCCAACACUUUUGUCGGUAAACGAUUUGUCCCUGCCGGAUAACAAGUUCGUUUUAUCUCCUUUGCCUGAAAUUGACCCGGGUUCAAAGCAAUCUGCAGAUCCAGUUCCCGGGAAACCAAACAACCUAGCCGUACUGCCUUUGGUCGCGACAGAUGUGCAGCAGUUGGGUCCUGUCGGCGGUGUGCAACAAGCGAGACCGAAUAUGAAGGUUGGAAAUUUUCUGACGUUUCUGUCGUUUCAAAUCUCACGGCAUUUUGAAAUAACUCUGUGUUUGCUGUUUAACCAAAAGCGAAUGUUUGCUGAAACGGACCGGACUUUGGCGUCCUUGACUCAAGGCUUGUCGCCACCUGCUGGCACCGAAAAGGCCAAUGAGACCCUCGCUGGCUCGGAAAAUAUGGCCUUCGACCUAAAUUUGAGUCGCUGCACCACGCCGGCAUCUCUCAUUCAACCGGAUUCCCUGGACAUUGCUGAAUUCUUUGCCACCCGCGAUGACAAUGUGUCGGAUAUCAGCCUGGAGGAUCUGUUUCUCGCCUCCACCAACGGCGCAGAUAUAUCUGCAAACAGUCGUCCUUCUAAACUUACCCCAAAGGUGGAUAAAACAGUGAGCAUCAGUCCACGAUCCGGCAGGAGUUCGGUGGACAGUGAAGCUACUAUUCCUUUUGAAGACUUGAACCUGGAUCACCAGCUGCGUACUCCUGAGAUACAGUCAAAUGCACCUGAAUCGUCAAAUAUUCUGCGCUCUGCCUUGACAAAGCUUGAUCCGUCCUUGGAGAAAUCCGAGCUCAGCACUGUCACCCCAGCUGUUUCUGUGGCACCAUCGGCAACUGCAGGAAAAUUGACAACACAGCCUAUGGAUGAUCAGGUUGCCCCGGCGGAGCAGCGUAUCUCGCUGCUGGUCGAUUCGACACAAUCGGCCGAUGAAGUGUUGCAAGAAGAGGGCUCACUGGCUGUGGACGACCAAGAACUGUUCGGAUUACCUUGGGAAGAACAAGAGGUAGUUGUUGAAGAUGAAGAACAUCAAUUGGGUGAUAACGUGGAUCAAUUCAGUACCGAUUUGUUGCCUGUAACUGAACAGUCUAAUGCACGCCUGAAAGCGUUCUCAACACCUAGGGAGGUUACGAUCAACCACACCUCUACUCUGCCUCGGGCCGCUAACAAAUUCGAUCACAAUCUCAUCAUAGGUAGUGAAAUUAUCCCCGCGGAAGCCGCUCUCCCCUUUGCCAACGUCCCAACGACCAUCGCUCAUUUCAUGCAGCCCACAAAUAUACGUCCAGUUUCUCCAACCUCUCAACCUACCCUUGGUGUGACCAAUGUACCUACUUUACCCAGACAGAAUCACGUUAUUCUAAAUCAGUCUCAAACGAGAUUGGUUCAAACUACCGUCCCCAAAUCAGUUACCUCAAUUCCGUCCAACCAAUGCUUCGUACAGGCAACCUCACUGUGCCAACCGGUACUGGCCACACCCAUCGCACUACCCGCACAGUUGUUGUCCUUAAGACCCUUAUCCAUCGGUCACUCUACUCCGGUUUAUAUGCAUGCUCCUCGUCAAAGUCGAGUUCCCGAACGGAGGCAGCGUCCAACCUACCGCGCGAUUGCCCCUGCAGUAAAAUCCACCACCCCACCCGCGAACACGAACAAGUCAACGCCGAUCAAUAAGUGAAUUGUUCUUUCCAACUGCUGAUCGGCACACCGGCGAUUCGUCUAGCCGAAAAGCGCCCGGUUCACAACUACUCCUCACGAUUCUUUCCUCCUCAGCUUGUUUAGCGGUUUGUUGUCGACCCACCCGCCCGAAUAUCA